UUUAGUUGUGAGUGGUUAUAGCAACGCAAAGCGUGGCUGGAGAAAAGGCGGUAAGAGCGGUCUGCGAUGUUUACUGGGCUCCAUGGCUACAGUCAUGGCGGACAGCAGAAGGACGGUGGUCGUAUCCGGUGUGCCCGCGGUGCUGCAGUUCAGCAGGAUGGUCGACAAGUUGAUUAUCCACUUUCAGAGCCGCAGGAGAAGUCACGGAGGGGACGUGGAAGUCGUGAAAUACCCCACUAACAUGGGCGGAGUAGCCUUCGUAACUUUUGACAAAGCUGAAGAUGCAAAGCGGGUGGUGAGAAAGGAGCAGCAAAUCAUGAUGGACGAGGAGUUUACUCAAGACUACACUCUCACUGUGUUUCCCUUCAGCACUGAUGUGUUUCUGUAUGUGGCUGGAGCUACGGUGGACCUCUCAGUUUUCGGCAGCGAUCAGGCCUCUCUGAUCAAAAGUCUGCAAUCAGCUCACAGAUCAAUCCGCUUCCAAGCGUCACCCCAGCAGAGGAAGGCCUCCAUAGAGGGUCCCUUCUCUGCCGUCAGUGCCCUGAAAGAGGACCUCAUCCGCAGGGCCAGUCAUCUCAGACCCUCAUCCCAAACCGCAGUCGGCAAACCCAGAGCUAGCUCUCCUCAUCCUAGACUAGCAUCUGAGAAUAGUCCAACUAGCUGCAAAAGCACAGAAGAUAACAGGGAAGCAGCAAACUCCAGCAGCUUAUCAAAGUCACCUCACCACACCAGAGAAGCAAGAGAAGUCCAAAGCCUGAUCUCAAAAGUAGAAACUCCAAAAGCUUCCUUGAGGCAGAAAGUAUCUAAUGAGAGUUUGGCUGGAGGGAGCUUCAGACCAGCGGUUGGGGAGGAAAUAAGUACACGACUCGUCUCCUCAUCAGGGCUCGCAUGGUUCCCUAUGGAGGAGACAUUCACUAAACAGCAAAGAAAUUAUAGGAGUCCACAACAACCCGGCAGGUCGGACAAGAUUCCUGCCAUCCAGAGCGAAACUAAUUAUAUGAAGGAAGCCGGCAGCCCGAUGAGGAACAGUAAGUUCCCUCAGAAUGACCUGAGAAAAGGUUCAACUCCCUCAACAAGCAACACAGGGACUUCUGAGGACAUUUUGGUUGACUUACACACAUUCAGAUACAUAGAAAAAUUUCGCAAGACAGAGUUAGACAGGUGCUUGAAGGAUGUUGACAUGAUUACUAAGGAAGUAGAAGGAGCUGGAGUAAUGCAAAUAUUGCUGAGUGUGAAGCAACCCUCUGGGGCCUCGUCAAGAACCCUCAAAGACGCUUUGGAAAACCUGGAGAAUACGAUCAGCUUUUGGCAGUCUCAACUGAGAGUUCACGUGAUCGUUUACAACAAAUCUGCGUUUUUUGACGAGCAGAAACUGAUUGAGAUCUGCAACCAUGUGAACUACUGGUAUAAUAACGUUCUAUAUUUGUUGGAGAAUUCCUGCAUUAAAGUGAUCGGCCCUUCAGCAAGCAUCCUCCUGUUCAGUAAGGAGCUGGAGGACAAGAUGGAUAAAUACACUGCUGUGAAGCCUAUUAUAGGCAAAAGCAGGAGAUAAAAUCACAUAGGAGACCACAAGGUGGAGCUGUUGGGCCUGACAAAACCUUUUCUUGCACUGAAAUUAGCGCGUACAUUCCUGUUUUUACAACAAAUGUGCCCAAACAAAAGAAAACUUUUGUUUUACUUAAUUUUAGUUUUCUGUAAUCUGUUUUGCAUAAAUUAUUUCUCUAUUAUAGUAGACAGACUUCUAAUUAAAACCUUAAAGGUGACCGAUGACAAGCUGCCUGAUGUAAUUAGAUCACUACAGCUUCUUUCAAUAAACUCAGGCAGUAUUUUGAUUGGUCUGUCGCCAACAAUAAAACACUGACAUCUGA